UCGCUCCGCAGUCGUAUUUCUGACUCGAGAGUAUUCGUGCGUGUCGUUCUAACCUUUAACGUUACAAUCGACGCGGUGGUGAUAGAAAAUCUUUUUCUUGUACGUUUAUAAAAACAAAGUAAACGUUAAUCCUUCUUUGUCUCGCUCUUUCUUUCUCUCGGUAGUUCGAAACAAGAAGAGGAACACGUUUCUCUCAAAUACCAAUAUUACAACUGAGAAGAUGAGCACGCCGGUGAAGAAGGUGCCCAUCCACCUGCAGAGCGCGCAGAAUCGGUUAUUGAUCAAGAAUGGAAAAGUUGUUAACGAGGAUGGUAUAAUCGAUAGUGACGUUUACAUCGAAGAUGGCAUUAUUAGGCAAAUGGGCCGCAAUCUCAUUAUACCGGGUGGUACAAGAACCAUCGAUGCACGUGGAAAAUACGUGAUGCCAGGUGGUAUAGACCCGCAUACUCAUUUUGAAUUAGAAUUAAUGGGUGCCAAAACAGUCGAUGAUUUUUAUCAAGGCACAAAAGCGGCUGUCGCUGGUGGUACGACGAUGAUUAUCGAUUUUGCCUUUCCUCAAAAGGAUGAAACCAUUCUUGAAGUUUAUGAGAGGUACAGACAGAUUGCGGAUGAAAAAGUUUGCUGCGAUUAUGCUCUUCACGUGGCUAUUACAUCCUGGAGUCCAAAAAUAAAAGAAGAAAUGACGUUGCUGACGAAAGAACACGGAGUAAACAGUUUUAAAAUGUUCAUGACUUAUUCUUUCAUGUUAAGAGAUAUUGAUUUAAUCGAAACGUUCAAAGCUUGUAAAGAAUUAGGAGCAUUGGCUAUGGUUCAUGCUGAAAAUGGUGAUAUUAUUGCUGAGAAUACUAAGAAAUUAUUAGCUGCUGGAGUGACUGGACCAGAAGGUCAUGAAAUGUCACGACCUGAAGAAGUUGAAGCGGAAGCAGUGACCAGAGCUUGUACGAUAGCAAGUCAGGUAAAUUGUCCGCUGUACGUAGUGCAUGUGAUGAGUCGUAGCGGCGCAGAAGCCGUCGAAGCUGCUCGUAAACGCGAUGUUUGCGUCUUUGGCGAGACCUUGGCAGCUGCUGUUGGUACUGAUGGUACCAACUACACGCAUAAAUGUUGGAGGCACGCCGCAGGACACGUUUUAAGUCCACCUCUUAGGCCAGACCCGAAUACACCCCUUAUACUUUUAAAUUAUUUGGCAAGGGAUGGCCUUCAAUUAACUGGCAGUGAUAAUUGUACCUUCAAUGCUGAACAAAAAGCUUUGGGUAAAGAUGAUUUCUCUAAAAUACCAAACGGAGUUAACGGAGUCGAGGACAGAAUGUCCGUAGUAUGGGAAAAAGGAGUACAUGCAGGAAUCAUGGAUCCUACGAGAUUUGUUGCAGUUACCAGUACAAACGCAGCGAAAAUAUUUAAUAUUUAUCCUAGAAAAGGAGUGAUCGCUGUAGGCUCUGACGCCGACAUCGUUGUUUGGGAUCCUAACAGGAAACGUACGAUUUCUGCUCAGACCCAUGUCCAAGCUGUUGAUUUUAAUAUUUUUGAGGGUAUGGAAGUUCAUGGUGUACCUGAAUACGUUAUCGUAAACGGUCGUGUAUGUGUGGACGAGUGUGAAUUAAAAGCCGUUCAUGGUUUUGGAAAGUUCGUAGAGACACCAACGUUCUGCAAUUAUGUAUACGACAUGAUAGAAGAACGUGAGAAGAGACCUAGAGGUGUACCACGAACGGAAGCAGAAGCAAAGAAGUAUGCCGAGGAGGAUGCUGCUAUCGCUAAGGCUAGGGAAGCAGCAAAGGCAGCAGCUGCAGCUGCUUUGCAUAAUAAUCAAACAAACGGUACUCAUGAAAGUCCUAAACCGAAAUUGGCACCGGUUGAUUGUAUACCCACUUUACCUGACUCUGCGAUUAUGACGCCAUCAUCGAAAGGUCCUCGAUUGGAAGGACAAAGAAAUUUACAGGAUUCUACAUUCUCUAUCAGUGAGGACGUCGAGGAGGCACGAAGAGCUUGCAUUCGUGUUAACAAUCCACCUGGUGGACGUAGUGCGGGAGGUUUUUGGUCUGUUCCAUCGAAGGAGGAUUUGGAGGCCACUACCCAGUAGGUUGUAUACUACUUGUAUUCAUUCAUAUAUAUAUAUAUAUACACAUAUAUAUAUCUUUCCACUUCUCGCUUCAUUAUCUCGCUUUUAUAAUCGCUUCAUUGUCAAGUUCCAUUGUCAUUCCAUUAUCGCUCCGUCGUCGUUUUGUCGUCGCUUCUCACAUUUUGGCCUUGGAUUCUUUUAAUGUUGCAAAGAUAUGUAGAAACAUGAUCUAUAAUUCGCGCGAGCAAAGUGACCUAUCUUCAAAAUGAUUCAAAUAGAUAGACUAUUGAUCCAAUGAACGUAAAGAAAAAAACGACGAUUUAAAUCUUUUCAACUUCCAAGGUCAAUUUUUGAGCUCUAUCUAUUAUUAUUUAUUAAAUAGAUUACAGAACAUUUAAAGCCUCUUUUUUCUCUCUUCCGUAUUGCUAUAAUACAUAAUUUUAUAUCUAACGUGUAGAUGUAAUCUAACGCGCUUAGUCAUUUUUAUAUACAGUUGCAUUGUCCUCAGGAUAGGAAACAAGAUACGGAACAAUCAAAAAUGAUUUGUCUGUCGUAAUUUUGUUUGUUUCUUCUUUCUUUUUUCUGACAAACUAAUUUAUACCUCUUAGGAUCUCUACUGACAUUUUACUUUUACCCAUGACAACUACGUAAUAUAUAUAUAUAUUCGUAUAUUUGAUGAUAUACCAAAAUUUUUGUUGCAUAGAUAUCAUCCUCGACAAACAAAAUAUGUUUUUUCUAUUGACGUUAAACUUUUUACUCCUUUAAAAAUGUGACGAAAGAAGGUGAUUGUUUAGCAUAUUACGAUCUUAACCCUUCAUAUAAUUACAGAAAUAUACAAAAAAAAAAAAGAGACAUUUUCUUUUGUUGCGCGAUAAAACGUAUGUACUUGCAUUAUUAUUUGUAUGUAUGUAUGUGUCUGCAAAAUCAAUAAUGUUGGAGUUGUAAAUGUCUCACAUACAACAUUCACAAGUAUCUGAAGAUUAAUUGGUUUAUAAAGAGAUUUAAUAAUAUGAUUGUUUGUUUUAUAUUCGAAAUUUAUGUUAUAGUUGUAAUGUUAUGUCUUAUUACAGGUAAUGAUAAUAUAUUUGAGCAUAAGUACAAUUUAUUGCAGCCUUAAAAAAUAUUAUGUAAAUAUAAAAAAGAAAAAAUCAGUUAUAUAUAUAGUUUACAUUUAUAUUAUUAAUAACAAGGUGUAGUAUGUGAUUUGUUUAAACUUUAUCAAAGGUUUCUCGGUUAUUAACAAAGUUAUUUCAAAGUGAAGCCUGGAAUUUGUUAAGAUUGUAACACCAAUUUCAGUAUAUAUUUCCCGAUUAAUAUAUAUAUAGUUUUUAUUUGUAAGAUGUUAAUCUUGGAACUUUUAUGAUUUAUAUACACAAUAUAAAAAGAAAAGUAUAUAUAUAUAUAAAUUCUUCUAUUAAAGCUUAUCCAACAAAUAGUGGCAGCUGAUGUACGAAUAACUCAAAUCGAUAAAAUUUGUUGUCGUUUCUUCUUUAAUAUAGAUUUCAUAAUUAUGAGCUAUGAAAGCUAUACGUUACGCACAAAUGUUUUACAUCAAAUGGUUAAAUAUUUAAAAUCUCCUUUCAUAAAACGAGCAAUUUACAAAUAUGUGCAAUUAUUACAUAUAUAUGUAUACAUACACACACACGCGCGCGCGCGUAUUUAAAGAGAAACAAUAUAACUAAAGAAAAGAAAAAAGAACAUUAGCAAAAUAAUGAUCUUUUAAAUAUAGUUUUUCAUGUUACAUGUAUCAUUUUCCUGUUAUUUUAUUAUAUGAAUUUUAAAGUUGAUAAUAUCACAUUCCAAUUUGUCAAUUUCUUUUUUCAUUUUUUUUUUUUUUUUUUUUUGUAUACUCUUCUAUAAUAAAUUAGAAUGAAUUGAAUCACUUUGUAAUUGGAAUAUACAUUUGUUCUAAAAAAAAUUAUUAUUCAUUUUCUAUCAAAAAUGAUAGUUCCGAUUCGUAAUAAUAAUAAAAAUUAUUACUAUUAUUGGUAAUAGCAACUGAUCUGAUAAUAAUAAACAUUAUAUAAUAAUCGUUUAUAUAUAUAUACAUAUAUAUAUAUAUGUAUAAACCAAUGUUACUUCUAAUGAAAAACGUGUGAGACAUUCACGAAUGACCAAUUCAUAGCACUGUAUCACUGAGAAGCUGUUAUUAUAAUCAUCCUUCAUUGUUAGUAGAAUCGUAAAUAGAGACUUGUGUCGAUUUUUUAGAUUGAUUACCAGUUUUCUAGACAAAUUUUAUACAACAUUUUUACAAACUUUUAGAUAUUCAUAACAUUGGGAUUUAGGGCGAAUGAAUUUUAGCAUCUAGUUUUUUCCAAAAAUGAACUAUUCGAAGGACACUUUAUAGGCCUUUUAUAUGAAUCAUGGCAUACAUUAUAAAAUGCAUUAAAUAUUUAUUUUGUUCAUAUCAUAAUUUAAAAGGAGUACAACAAAAUAAGAUGAUCAAUUGCAUUUAUAUUAAAAUUGUUUUUAAGUAUUCGAUUGUAUUUUUUAACAAAUUAUUCGAACGAAGAAACAAUUAUGUUCCUUCUCAAUCGAUUUAUUACAAUAUUAUUAUUAUUAUUAUAUUGUUAAUUUAGAUUGUAAAUUGACGCACAAUUGACGUACGUAAAAUGCGCUGCAAUCUUUAAUGCUUUUUUUUUAUUAAACGCCACUAAAUAUGCUUCGUAUAGAAGCGAUAUAUAAUAAACGUAGCUAAUAAUAAUAAUAACUGGGUGAUGUGUUUGUGAAAGGAGCUUUGCUAAGAAUUGAAAAUUCUAUACAAUAUUAUUAUUAUUAUUAUUAUUAUACUUAUUGAUGUGUUCACGUCAUGUGAUUCCGACUGGAGGAGUAUUCAGAAAAAUUAUGUGUAAUAUAUCGGAUAUAUAAUUCUAAGAUUAUAUAUAAGAAAUGAUAUAUACACAGGCGGAUAACUAUUUAUGUCUGUUAAUAAUUAAUGUAUAAUGAUAGCUUCAAAAUAAACAUAACGCGAUAUUAAUAA